AUGCCAGAGGAAACUUUGAGAUCUCAAGUUGCUUUGUUGAUCGAGACACUUGAGGAUUGGAUCAAAGUCUUUCCAAGAAAGAUUUUCGGAAGGCAUGAUUUGAAGACCAAGGCAGACAAGGAGAAUCCAGCCAAACAGGACAAGAAGAGGAGGAGAGCCUCAUCAGAGAAGGACGAUGAAUAA